AGAGUUACGUUAGGGUGUGCGCGCGCUUCCUGUCUGCGUAGAGCCGAGAGAUCUCCAUCUAUCCCUGGAGUUUACUGCAGCGUCUGUCCCCGAAGUCGGACGGUCAAAAAUACACCGGUUUCCCCGUAAUGGCUGUGAACCUGAGCAAAAACGGCCCAGCCCUUAUCGCGGCCUAUAACGAGGUGGUGGAUGAGAAAUCAGAGACUAACUGGGUCCUCUUCACCUAUGAGGGCAACACUAAUGACAUCCGAUUGGCAGAGAAAGGAGAUGGUGGUCUGGAGGAGUUGGUUGAGGAGCUGAACAGUGGGAAGGUGAUGUAUGCUUUCUGCCGCGUACAAGACCCCAACUCUGGCCUUCCCAAAUACGUCCUUAUCAACUGGACUGGCGAAGGUGUGAAAGAUGCCAGGAAAGGACAGUGCGCAAACCACGUGAGCGCCAUGGCUAAUUUUCUUAAGGGAGCUCAUGUAACGAUAAACGCACGGGCAGAAGAAGAUGUGGAGCCUGAUGCCAUCAUGCAGAAAGUGGCUAAAGCCUCAGGAGCAAACUACAGCUUUCACAAAGAGUCCAACCGCUUCAAAGAUGCCGGCCCCCAAGGGCCAGUGGGAUCUGUUUACCAGAAGACUAAUGCCAUGUCUGAAAUAAAAAGGACUAAUAAAGACACUUUCUGGGCCCAAGCAGAGAAAGAUGAGGAAAAACGUCUUAAGGAGGAGAAGAGAAAGGCAGAGGAGGAGAGACAGAAGCUGGAGAAAGAGAGGAAGGACAGAGAGGUCAAGGAGGCAGAGUUACGGGACAGGAGAGCAAAGGAGAAAGCGUCACAGAUAGAUGAACAGAGGCCAUACCAGCAAAAGCAGGAAGUAGAGAGUCAAGCCCAGGAGAAACCGCAAAGGUGUGUUAAUGUUCAUCAGGAGGAGCAGGAGAGGGAGCAUGCAGCACAGCAGAAACCCUUUAAACGUGGCGAGUCAGUGGAGAAAGCCAACGAAGCCGCGUCUCUCAUCUCGCAGCGAUCAGUUAAUCCCAGAGAAAUGUUUAAACAGAGAGAGAUGGGCAUGACCCCUGCUUGCACAGACAACUCUCAGUCCAGUCCAAAACCAGGGCGAUUGAACAGCCCUUUUCUGUCCAAGCAGUCUUGUGAUCCAGAGCCAUUUCGCUCUCCUGUGCGUCAGGCCUCACCUUUACAAGCCAGAGAGCCCAGUUUUGAGGAGCAGCCCAGAUCAGAAUAUGUGGAACCAGAGCCAGAACCUGAGCCAGAGUAUGAAGAUGUACAAACAGCUGGUGGUCAUUAUGAAGCGCACAUAGAUCAACAACAACAACAGCAGCAGCAGCCACAGUAUGAGGCCGUCGUAGAACCAGAAGCCAUCUAUGAGGAAGCAGCACAGGUGGAGGAGCAGAACAUAUAUGAGCAGGCAGGUGAUCGUGGUAUCUGUGCCAGGGCUCUAUAUGACUACCAGGCUGCUGAUGACACCGAGAUCUCAUUUGACCCUGAUGAUAUCAUUGCCGGCAUUGAGAUGAUUGAUGAGGGAUGGUGGAGAGGAUACAGCCCUGACGGACACUUUGGAAUGUUCCCGGCUAAUUACGUCGAACUUCUCCAAUAAAGUCCAGCAUACGCCCCCCAUCAGAGUCGGGCUACAUCGAUUUGCCCUGCGUAGAUUCAACAAAUCUCUGGCCUUCUGAACAAAAUGGGUCCAGUAUACUUGACUUAAGAGACUUAAACUUAAAUCAUGGACCAAAAGAGUGGAAAUCAUGUGACCAGUGGGUAUUUCAAAUCUCAGAACAAUAUUCCAUACUGUAUUGGUAGUUUUCUUUUGGUAAUUUUAUUUUAUUUCAAGUGGUCCACAAAUUUUACAAAACAAUACUCAGACACUUUGAUUUCAAGUAUGCUGGCAGAUGCCCCAAAAUAGACAAUCCAGGAAUCUGGCUGUGUCCAUUCACGUCCCUUGGAAUAUUGAAUGGUUAAAAUUGAUGUGCUUGUGGUGAUAUUCCUGUGGCAUUGAAGUAUCCUUUUUGUACCUUUUCCUUUUGAACAUUUCAAAUGUUUGGAUUUCAACAAGCUGCAACUUUUAAAUGAAAAAAAGUAAUUAUUGUUUGGUGCAGCUACGUUUAUAGUAUUUGGAACGCAAUGCUCCUGUUUUGCCUUGUAUUUUUACCUUCUUUACUCCACAAAACCGAGUUUGACUGCCUUGCUUUCUUGAGGAACAUAGCACAAAUGUUUUGCUGCAAUAAAGUUUACCGAGGUUGGACUGAAAUAGAGUUUAUUUGCUGUGCUCUCUUUUGCCAGAUUUAGCAACAACUUUAUUCUUUAUUCUCUUGAAGUGAUAACAUCAAGAGUGAUUUAAAAUCAGUCGGGACCGGGGUGGGAAGUAAUUUUGAGACCUCAGCUUUCUCAUCUACUCCGAAAUGUGGAGAAUAUUAAUACUGUGGCUUUUGUUUUUUGUUUGUUUUUGUUUUUUUUUUAGGUUUCAGGGAACCAUAAUUUUUUCAUCUUCUUGCCUUUGGGUCACAGAUGGAGGUGAAAAUAUAGAGUUCACCCAAGAAAUCCAAAUUCUGUUAUUAACAAAAAAAUGUUUUCCCAAAUCCAUAUUACUUUCUUUUUUCCAAGGGACACAAAAGGAGAUGUUAAUUCGAAUGGCAGCCUCAGUCACCUUCACUUUCAUUGAAUAGAAAAAAAGAUGCAAAGAAAGUGAAUGGUGACUGUCAUUCGGUUUUGGAAUGACAUGAGGAUCAGUAAAUGGUGACAGAAUUUUAAGCCUUUAAGUCCAGCCUUUAAGUCCACUGUGCAUUUAGACAGUGAUGCCUUUGUGUGGAUUAACUGAGGCUUAAAGAAACUGUGAUUUAUUUAGACUUUUGCAUUGUUUUACUGUUCAAACUCACACUUUUACUGUCUGUGCUGUGCCAAUAGGAGAGUAGGGGGGAAAAGUAAUUUUGAGGACAUUUUCGAGGUUUCAUUUUUAAUGUUUCAAAGUCAUUCAACAGUGGUGUAGUUCAUGUAGUCAUUGUGAAUAUCUAACAAGUCUGGAUAAUGUUGUAACCUUAAUUAAAAGAAUAAAUAAAGAGUUUUAAAAAAGAA